AUGGCCGAUUCAGCCAGAAGGGGAGCCGCGAAUUACGCUACUGCUCAAGCUAUUGUCCGACCCCAAGGAGCGCGAAUUUCCAGGAUAGACCAAGGUCCUCGAUACAACUACAAUUCGGCCGCUUCCAUGGCGCAGCAGCAUCAUGUACCAAGCAGUACAUUGCCGGGAAGAGCACCUCUCCUUAGGACCGUGGCUAGCGUCGGCGCACCCCGAAUGUCGGGAUCAGUGACAGGGCACGUAGCAUCGUUGCAAAAUGGUGUAAAUAGGAACGAGCACAUAUACCCGAGAAGUCAUUCUUCUGGACGGACUGCUCAGCCAGCAGCUUCAGCUUAUAGGAGAAGUGCUUCUAGUGGGAGACCGGAAGUGCUGGACUCGCAGCAUGCUGACGUUGAUGAGGAGCCUUAUAUCCAAGUUGACGAUGACAGCAACGAUGCUCCCGUUUCUAUCGGUCAGAAUAACAUAGCAGAUGUUCACAUCUCGCGGUCCCGAGAUAAGCAUCCUUUGCUGGGCGUUUCUAGUCAGAACAGGGGCCAUGAAUCGGACCAGAACUCUGCACCAUCCGCAUCUGAUGCCAAAAAUCAGAAGCGAACCGUCUUACUCAGAGAUGAAAAGGGAAGAUUGCGGAGAGGUAUCAAACUCCCGGAUGGCACGAUUUUGUUAAGAGUAUUGGACGACAAGACCAGCAUGGAAACGAGACCUAGGGAGCCUACGGCUGGUGGAGUGUACGCGAUGCAUUCGAUGGGCAGGAGUGAUGAGAAGAAGCUUGUAAGACGAGGAGAUCAGUGGAAAAGAGUACAAGCACCGAUCAGUCCUUGGAGUAGACCGCAGGAAGAAGUAAUAAGGACAGACGCUCGCGACUUGGAGUCGACAUAUGUUAAGGCCAGAAGCAGACGGAAAGAGCUGGUUCGGAGUGAAGAAGAUGAUGAUCUCGUCCUAGUCGCGGAGGGUCGACAGAGUAGACUGGCUAAGAAAAAUGACAACAUUUCGAACAGGCGCGCGAGGCGAUCUAAAUCAGAAGCAGCAGCUGGAGGUUCUGCACCAAGAUCUAGAUCCCAGAGGCGACCAAGAUUUUUGGCUCGACAUUGUCCUGUAGGCGAGGUCGUGCCUCACCGCAUUCCGCUUUGGUCAGAAGAGAAGCUCCAGAUUUUUCUUCGGAAUCGUCUGCGCAAGCAGGAGGAGGAGGAUGAAGAGAACGUAUAUGUUGAUGUGGUUUCAACCGAUGAUACGCUUGAGGCCAGUAUACGCGAGCUGAUAGCAUCGGCUCCUUCACUUGCAACCAACGGUUUUCUUGAACAAAGCGAUAAAGCAGGUCGCCCACACAAGAAGUUCAGAGGUCGACUUGCCAAGGAGAAACAAGCUAUUAGGGAUGCAAAGAUUGCUGAGAAAGUUGCUAUAAAACAUCGGGAAUUGCCUGUGCUUGACUUGGCCCUCAAAGUCAUCGAUGAUCCAACUGUGGAGGUACCAGUGGAGGUACCACCAAUACUCUUGGAUCCGCAAAUAGCUAUAGACGCUCAUAUACUGCAUGAAGUCGGAGAGGUACUGAAGGAGAUUGUUGCUCAAAUUUCACUUGAAGAAUUAGAGCCGAAGAGAGAU